CAGUCUUUUAGUUAAUUACGUUAAUGCGAUGAAUUUGAAAAAAAACUUAAACGAUCUAUUGUCAGACGUGAUGUCUCUAAAAAAACAAUCUAAUUGUAAAAGUGAUGUAACAGGUUGCGAUUUGCCCAGUCAUUUUAAAACUCAUAACGAUUUGAUACAGUUAAGUUCACGAGAAAUUCCAAUGGUAUACGGUGUACAUUCGUUCUGUCUUCAAACAACGAAUCUACCGAUCCAUUAUGGGGAAGCACACUUUUCUGCGAAGACUAAGUUCUUAACACUUUCUUUAGUUUCAAACACUGACAAUUACGUUGAACAAGUUCGUAAAUUGUUCGAUAAAGCAUUUCCUUUGAUAGUAAUUAACGUUAAUAAAUUGCAUACAUUAAGAAAAAUAUCUGAAGUACGAAAUCAGAGUAAUAGGGUCCGCGUUUGCUACUCGAUUUAUCAUGAUUUAUUUAUUUUAGCUCUUAGUCGUUUAGGCUGCGAGUCGAUAGAAACUCCGAAAAUGUUUUAUGAGUUCAUAACAUUGAUAUCGAUGCCUCUUGACUGGGUUGAUAUUUAUAAUCUUAUUAUUCAGUAUAAAGAUCUAAACUUUAUAUUACUAAUGCAUGAUUUAUCAUAUGCGAAAUGUUUUAAAAAUAACGACAAUAUUGAAGAUACUCCGAUAGUUGUUAUGCGUUACACAAACAGUAAAACUAUUGAUCUGAUUAAAGUUGAAUCGAAGGGAUCAGUUAUAUUUACAGAUUUCUUAUGGUCGAUUGUAUCUAAAGUGUAAUUCGACAAUUUCAACUUGAUGAACUAAAGAAUAUUAAGCUACAUCCAAUAAUCCUAUUCCACAGAUAAAAAAUUGUAAAAUACGGCCAUUUUCAAAACAUAGAGUCGGAAAAACGAGGUCAAACUACAUAAAACCUUCAUUAUUUAGAUGAGCCAACUUAAUUUUUAUAAAAAAUUCGGCAGUAGUAAUAAAAUUCAAUGCUUUCAAUUUCUACUCGUAGGUGAAAAACACCGCAGAUGUUGUUCUUUCGAUUCCAGAUUACUGAUUAUCUGAAGAUAUUUAGUGACAAAGAAGUAAGUGAAAAAUUAAUAAUAACCAUUCUUGUAAUUAACUUCCUAUCGGAAAGUUAUCGUAACGAUUAAAUUAGGUGACUUAAAGAUCUCAACAGAUCUCGGCAUUUCGACAUAUUAUAAGUUCAUGUAAACGAUUUCUAAAAAGAUGCGUACGUGUAUGUAUCUACGUACGAAGGUGUGAAUAUUU